GCGCCGUCCGACAUCGUCUGGGAGAACAUUCAUGUGCCGAAGUGGGCACGCUACCUGCGUUGCUGUGUGACGAACUGCUUGAUUGCCUCGAACGCAACGAGCGCAAGCGGCAGCUUCAUUCUGCGGUACGUCGUAAACACCACGUUCGUGAACACCGCAAUGCAGCUUAUGCAGUUGCCAAUGCUCGUGCGCAUGGCAUCUUCUUUUGCCUGA